CACGAUUUCAUUUACCAAAUUUUAUUUUAGACUGGUUAAUUAUUUACCCACAUUCCAUCUCAUAUAUAUAUAUAUAAAAGCUUUUGCUCAUUAUUACGUCAUUCAAGAUGAUCAUUGCUUGUGUGAAUACAUGCAAUAUAACUUAUUCGCUUUGAUUAAGAUAAUUCCCAAGUAAUGAAACAGAAACCCUUCAAAGAAAAAGCUAUAAAAGCAAGUGACAUUCUUCUCUUAUGAAACUCUUAUACAACAAUGGAUCCCGGUCAGAAAUAUGUUCAAAACCUCAAAUCCGUGCCUAAUUUGGUGAGCGAAGAACCAAGUAUUAUCACACCUACCAAUACAUCCUUUGUGGAUGUGCCAUGGAGUGACUUUGCUAAACUACUAGCACAGAAACGCAAGACAACAGCUGAGAAAUGCAAAAACAAUCCUUUACCCGAAUCUGAAGACUAUUCUCCUACUCAACCAGCAAAGAGCUCUAUAGAAGAUUUCCGUAUUGGAAAUUGGGAUGCUGCUACUGGUUAUCAAGAUAAAGAACAUAAUGUUGAUAAAUAAAAAAGGGGGUAUCAACAAAGUGUGUGUAUAUGUCUUAUCAUUUGAUUGGCUCUUGUUUAUUUGUGACGUCUACUCUUGGGUAUACGCACACUUACAAUCCCCCUCCCUAAUUUUUUUCUUUUCUUUUUUUUUUUUACACAUCCUUUCUUUUUU